AUGUAUAUUUCAAGCCCCGUGUGUUUUGUUUUUAAAAUUAAAAAAAAUUUAGAAGGUAUAAUACCCUAUUUAUCAUUUGAUGGUUUAAAAAGAAUUACCAAUAAAUUAUUUAAAUGGUCCAAAGGAUGUGAUUGUUGUAAAUGUAUGAGAAAACCGUUUUAUGUUAUACUAUUUUGUCUUGGUGCACCAAUAAUAGCAGGUCGCAUUUUAUUUUCUACAAUGCUUAAAUUUAAACAAACGUGUACAUUAAAAACAGAUUUUCGUCAAUGGUCAGGAAAUGAAUGGUUAAUAUUUUUAAUAAUGGUUAAUAGUUGGUUAAUAAUUUAG